UUUUGUCUUCACAGAGAAUUGUCCGGUUGCAACAGAUGCUGAGAAACGCUUCUCAAAACUCCUUCACGAAGGACGCUGAGCUCCUCACCGACGUCUCAGCUGCAGCUACAGACGUGACGGACGAUAACCAGCGGCAACGCUCCGCACAGAAUGGAGUCAACGUGGGUUCGGCCAGAAUAAAUCCAUUUUAUGAAUAUUAUUUGGAAUUGGGCAGCAAAGGUCAAGUAGUGGAGACGGAAACUUCUGAGGAAGCAAACCUGGAGACCAGCUCUGUCCCUCCUCCUCAGUUUCAGAGCUCAUCUCUGGAUUUUCACUCCGAUGCUCACACGACGGAAAAUGGAAACAAGUUUGCGGAACCUCAGAACGACCCGUUCCCGACCUUCACUCCCGGCCGUGUGGAAAACCUGUUUGAUUCGCCGACAUUGGCCCAGAAGGAACCUGCCAAUGUUCGUCAUCACAAUGAAACCUUAGAGUCCCCGGACUUAUUUAACGUGAACUCCACGCAAACACAGAACACCUCCGGAGCCUGGCACUCUAACAACUCGGACCCCUUUAAAGAUGAGGGGCGGGACUUUCUCCAGGCUGCUAGAGGAGCAGAUUCACCCCCCACAGCUCGAGCUGAGGAGGUGAACCUCUUUGAGAAACCCCCUCACGUUUCUGUGGACCCUUUCAAAUCACCUCCAAACAAGCAAGAGGACCUGCUCCGGUCUUCACAGCCUAAAGUGGGGAAUCCAUUUUACUCUGGGUCCACAGAUUUGUUUCCUACUGAAAGUGGGGAACUCUUCCAUACGAGCGACAGACGAGAUCCGUCGACCAAAGACAACGGCCUUUUUAAACCCAGGGACAAUGUGGACGUAUUUUCGUCUCCAUCCACAGACACAUUUGACCCAUUCUCCAGCCCAAUUGCAAGGAAUCUAUUCCAAGAUGUCUCCAGUCCGGACGAUCCAUUUGGUACAACUCCUUUAAAUCAAGACGACCCUUUCAAAGACGUUUCACAUGUGACUCCAGACAUCUUCCGACCACGUCCGUCAAACACACAGCCCGGCCGUGCUGUCUCUGAGGCCGGACUCUUCACACCUUCGCUCAACAGUUCAUCAGAAGUGAAGCUGGACGUGCUGUCGACGCCGGAUCUCUUCAGAGCGACGCCGUCAGAAUCUCUUCCAGCCACCCAACCAAAUUCCUCGAGCAAGUCACAUGACAUCAUCUUGACAACGCCUCAGGGAACCAAACAUGGUAUUCUACAUCCGACGCCCUUCAGUCAGGCCAGGAAUCUGUCACCCAGUCAGUCUCCCGCAGACUUGACUCAUGUCCAGACCUUCAAACGUCCACCAAAGCCACUUCCUCGAACUCGAACACUGAGGAGAGAAAAACCCCCGAAACCAGUGCCCCCCACCCCUUCACAGCCCAUUGAACCUGAACCCACUGUUCCAAAAACGACUCCUAAACCAGCUUUCAGGUCGCUGCCUGUUAUUCACCGCAAACCCAAGACUCCAGAAAGUAAACCAGUGAACCCUGACAACUACGUCGUCUUCGAGGACAUCCUGCUCAUCGGACAGGAAAGGUGUGUGGAAGACUGGCCUGAGGACAGUCCUGAACUUGACCCUCAAUUCAAACCAUCUGGAAAGUUCAGACUGCGGCGAGAGUCCCUGAAGGUGAAGAUGGACUCUGAUGGAGGAAGUGGUGAGGACCAGGACGGUUCUGGAAAUCAGAAGAAAAAGGACAAGAAGUUCAGAAUGUCCCUUCUGUCCAGGAGAGGCUCAAAGGAUAAGUUUCCUGACGACACGAAAGAAGGGAAGAGCAGGACGCUACCCACCCUCCGUAGAUCCUCCAAGGAACAUCUUUCAGAAGAAGCAGAGAAUGAAGAUGAACAGAACGGGCUGGACUACAGGAAGAAACCUCUGAGCAACAAAGUGAGUCGGCUGCUGAGAAGAACAUCCACCGUGUCUGCAGCGCGAGAGGGAAAGAGCGCAAACGAAUAUUCACCUUAUGAAACGAAGGCGACAGUGUUGGAAGACAGCGAAGCCGAGGACAGAGGACAAGCUCAACAUGAGAAGAGAAAAAACAAGAUGAAAAUAAAGUUUGUGCCACAAAGAGGAUUCUCCAUCACCAUGCAGAAGAGGGACGAUGAAGUGAAAGGUGCGACUGGAUAUACUCCACAGAAAGGCUCAAAGGAUGAUGCGUUUGAGGAUGUAGAAGAGAUCAAAGGCUUCAGUCUUCAGUCAACAAGCAAGUACGCACAGUACGCACAGUACGCAGGAGUACUGUGA